AUGGCCGACACAACGAUCGCCGGUGGUCGACGACGCGGUAUCGACCGACGCAGCGGACCCUAUACCGACCGCCGCGGCAACCGACCCUAUACCGACCGCCGCGGCAAGCGACACGAUAUCGACCGCCGCGGCAACCGACAAGAUAUCGACCGCCGCGGCAACCGACCCUAUACCGACCGCCGCGGCAACCGACACGAUAUCGACCAUCGCGGCAGCCGACACGAUAUCGACCAACUCGGCAGCCGACACGAUAUCGGCGGCCCCAGAGGGUUUGAUGCCGACCUCGGCGAACCGUUUUCGAACAACGACGUCCAUUCACAUAGUGAACAUAAAAAUUAUUGUACUUCAAAGCCUAACAUUAUUCAAAAAGGUGAAUGCUACCCAUAUCGUCAAACUUAUAAUCAAAAUGUUUCAUUCAAACCAUACAACCGUGGAGAUAAUACUAUUUGGAAAAACUUGGAUACUAAAAUUGGUUUAGUUCAAAAUCAAUUGGAUGUUGAACUUUCAAAAUAUAAUAGACAAUCUAGAAAUAAUAUUCAUCAAAGGGAUCGUAGCCGUGGUGGUUAUAGCAACUUAAAAAACUCAUCAUGCACUGUAACAGAAAGUAUAACUGGUUGGUAUUCAAUAAAUGUGACAAAUGCUGAAGAAUUUGAUGAAGUAUUGAAAAAAAUUAAAAUCCAUAUAUCACCAGUAACAUUUUAUCCAUACAAUAAACAAUAUUCCGAUAAUUCAUUAAGAUUUCUUGUUGAUGAUUAUAAAGUUGCGAAAGCAUUGCACAAUACUAGCUACAAGAUAACACAAAGAGAUGAUCGAAAAUUAAUUAUUAAGGUCUUACCAUUUAUACCCAAACGAAACCUUAUAUCAUUCACACCAAUAUCCAGUGAAGUAAGAGAGAAAAUGAUGGAGGCCGUGGUGACUCGUUACAAUCCUAGUACCAAGAUUUUAGAUUUGUCGCAAUUUCAUGCUUGUUCACUGUUUACCAAUAAUCAAUUAUUUGUUCCAUUAAAUCGACCAGCCGUUCUUUUAGCAGCACUUAAUAUGGCGGCUCAAUAUACCAAGCAUGACUUGUAUUGUUUGAAUCUUGCCAAAAAUUACAUAUAUUUAGGUGAAGGACUUACAUGGAUACGUAGAUUGUUCCCUGAACUAAAAGUGUUGGAUUUAGCUGAUAACAAAUUGUCUGAUUUAAAUGAACUAAGGAGUCUCUUAGGUUAUACAGUUGAAGUGCUCAAUUUGUCCAGAAAUCCAGUAUGCAAUUCAAUGGACAAAGAGUGUUACAGACGGGAUGUUCAAAAACUAUUUCCUAUGUUAAUCAAUUUGGAUAACUUAAAUAUGCCUUGUUUGUUAAACUUUGGUACUAAGUUGAAAAUGCCAAUCAACCUGGGAAAUAGUUACCCAAUACUACAGUACGGCUGCAACUUAAUACAAUCAAAUCCAUUAAUUACUCUAGUAGAAUUAUUCCUAACAAAAUACUAUGAACAGUAUGAUGAUAAAAUGUCCAGACAAAUGGUAUUAGAAGCCUACCAUGAAAAUGCGACGUUUUCAUUAUCUAGUUGUUUACUAAACACAUGUAACCAGGGUAGUCUAGCGGAUUACUUGCCAAAAAGUCGAAAUUUGUUGAUAUCCGGCCUUAACAAAAAUAUAAAUAGUUUUAUACACAAAGGUAAAGCAAAUAUAUUAAGCAUUUUAGAAAAUUUACCCAAAACAAAACACGACUUUGGCUCAUUCAUUAUUGAUGUACCAUUUGCAAGUUCUACAAUAAUACAGGUUGUAGUGAACGGUGUGUUUGCCGAAGAAUAUAAUGAAAACCACAAUUAUCAAGUAUUUCGAUCGUUUUGUAGGACAUUCAGUUUAGUGCCGGCUGUAAAUGGUUGGGUGAUAUUAAGUGACAUGAUGCUUGUAACAUUAGUCUCCUCCGAGUUAAUGGCAGAAUCAACAAAACGGUUCUAUAUUUUUAAGCCAACGAUGACGAAUAAUACAUAUAAUAGAACCAGUUUACAAACAACAAUACAGGAUACAUUGCCUGAUGUAUUGUCAACUUUAGGUUUCAAGACAUCCAUACCAAAAUGUCCAUCAUCAGCAUCUUUUUUAUCUAAAGAACUCCCUCCAUUGUCACUGCCUAGGAAUCCACAGCAAACCUCAGCUUGUCAAACAAAUUUUCAGACAUCUGUCAUACAGAACUUACAGUCAUCUCACCAGCAACAGAAUCCCCCUGCAGCAGAAACAGUUGGUAUCCUAUUAAACUCUCAAGAGUUCAAUUCAUCAUGUCCCAUGUCCAAUUCUAAAUUAUCAUUUCCUGUAAACAACACAAAACCAAUAAAGUCAGAAUACUUCACAACAUCUACCAAAAUGCAUUUAAAUUCUGACAGUAAUAUUGACAAUACCAAUAACGAAUUGUUAAUGAUCAAGAGGUUUUCAAAUGAGACAGGAAUGAACAAUAAAUGGUCAAAAAAGUGCUUGGUCGAUAAUAAUUGGGAUUUUGCCAAAGCUACAUUGUGUUAUUCAAAACUAAAAUCUAAUAUUCCUUCAAUAGCAUAUGAACACUGA